ACGACUGGGUUCGAGGUUCAUUUGAGGAGAAGAAAAUACCUUCUUGCGCUUAAAUGCCUCCUUGCCGCCCAUGCCAUUGAUUCUUCGGAUCCCACAUUGCAUGUUCAGCUUCUUCGCUUCCGACAAGCUCUCGACAGUCUGCAAGAACCGCUCCCCGCGAAGAUCUCGGAGAUCGUCUCCAGCGAGUUUGAAGCAUUACUUCCCAAGUCCCAGCCACUUGAUGAGUGGAACGAUUCAUUCUUGGCUUCUCACAAGACCAGCGUGGCACAUGUCCAAGCUGCGCUUACCGCGCGACUGCUUCUCAGCCCCGACUCCAAAUCGCAGUGUGAGCAAGACCUCCUCUCCACUCUCGACAUGGAAGAUGCCUCGUUAGACAAAGCCAUUGCAGGUCUCGACUUGCUCAACGAGUGGAGGAGCAGUUCGGCUGCCAAACAAGCCUACAUUGAGAAGGCCCACCAGAAGUGGAGUCAAGCGUCAGCAUUCCAGCCAAAAUAA